GGCACUUGCUCGUCGGCCUCAUGCUGCCGCUCGUCGGCUACCGCGGCGCGACCCUGGACGACGGGACCAGCUGGAGGGCGCGCAUGAUGUGGAUAUUCCACAUUGGCAACCUGGUCUUUGUGCUGGUGCACGCCGCCGUGCUGGUGGUAGUUGUCUUCCAGGUGUUGCAGGCCGAGGCGGCCAGCGUGGAGGCCAUGUGCGACCUCUCCCCCGACAACGACCCGUGGCUCCGGCCGGCGGGCUCGCCGGGCCCGGAGGUGCUGCCCACCAUGCCGCCCAAGGCCGAUCCGGCGGCCUGCGCCAUGCUGGUCCAGGAGGAGAAGCAGCACGCCCCCGGCCGGAUGGUACUGUGGAUGCUCUUCACCCUGCCGUACUGGGCCUGCGCGGCCUGCGCCGCGUACUUCAGCCACGACCUCUACCUCCAGCUGCGGGUGCGCGAGCUCACCGUGCGCAGGGGCGAGGACAUGGGCUACGCAGCCAGCGAUGAAAGGCGCGCCACGGUCGCGUGGAACGAGGUGAGUGCUGAUAGCCCAUCAGCCGUGGCUCCUCUUUGACGUGGACGGCCAGAGCCACAAGGACUCGCGAGCAUGCACAGGGCCGACCAUGUUGUGGAGACGACCUCGUGGUGAUAUGUAUGAGAGCGCAGCUAUUGUCUUCCAUGCUGUGUACAAAUUCCAGCAAUGGCGUCCCCAUAGCUUCUGCAUGAUGCGCACUACACUCUUCUUUCCCAGUCAGGACUGAAUGUGUUGCCCGAUCUGUGUGCGAGGGCCUCCGCAUCCUUUCUCGUCAUCGACACGCCUGUGUGCUCGGUUCUCGAGGAGCCCGCCCCUGCCUCCUCCUCGUUGUCUCCACUGCUAUCACUGCUCGCAGCUUCCCUGCCUGGGGAACCGCGAACUGCGCAGCCGUCGUCGCUCUCGUGGGCCCUCCAGGGAGGCUCCGCGGAGGCCGCGGGGGCAGGCGGGGCCUCCCGGCAACCCUGGGGCUGCAGAUUGGCGGGCGUCCAGGGGAGGUCCCGCGGAGGCGGCGGUGAGCAGGCGAGCCCCUCGCUGCUGCUCGGGAGACCCGGGCGGCGCGCAGGCGAAGCUCUCGCGGCUCGCCUGGCUGCCGCCCGCGGGCUCCGAGGAGGUUCGGCCGAGGCCGUGGGGGCAGGCGAGACCCCGCGGCUCCCCGGGAGGCUGCCAAGUGCGCGUCUGUUGGAAUCCUCUUCGUAGGAGGAUACGGUCAAACCGAUGCUCCCUUAUCGUAAGUUUGCCGUUGCCACUCCUGCCCUAGCAAGUAGUAUUGUUUGUUCCGUUCCACUCGUGACGGGCGUCAGGCACGCUGCGAAUAUGUUUCGUUUCCUGUGCGGGCACUCAGCUCAGUUUCUGUUCACGUCUUCUCUUCUUCAGCGGUGCAUCCCAACGACGGUGUAGGUAUUGUGCAGUUGCAGCUUCGCCUUCAGAAUUCAGCCAAUAUUGCAUGCGUAUGGCAUGAAUCCUGCUGAUACGAGCAAUUCUUGCUUUAGAGAACGCAUUGGUAUCGUAAUACACUCAGACCAGUAGUGGUUAGGCGCGCAAGCGAGCAAGUCAGGAGCAAGCGCUGAAUUGACCGAUUCAUGCCGCUCGACCUCCCAUGCUGACUUCAUCUAUCGCGAGCGCGCCAGGCUCGCAGAGGAGCCCCAGUUCGGUGCCUUGGGCUCCGCGCCCGCCUGACGCCGCUGGAUCGCGGGCUCGCCGCCCGAGGCCGACAUGCCCGCGUGGCGCGCUCUGCGGGGCUGGCGGCGCGCCAGGAGCACUGGAAGCAGCGCCAACGCCUGCGCCCCCCGAAGAGACCCCGCCGCAAGCCCGCCUUGUGCUGCUCCUCUUCCUCCUCCUCCUCCUCCUCCUACAAUUGCUCACGUCGAGCCCUGCUCCCCUCUGUGCCUCGCGGCACGUUGGAGCAUACUCUAGAGGCAUGCGGCGCAUGCGGCGCACAUCGCAGACGUGCCUGAUCGAUGGGAGCGUCUUGCGUGCGGUCGGAAAUAA